AUGGCUCCCGUUCAAAUCAAGCUCGAGGAUCCCCAGUCUCCUUACUUCUACCCAAAAUCGCUCGCGCUGGCAAAGGUUAUCAACGUCGCAGACUACAAGGUCGUCAACUACAACUAUCUCUUCGAGCAUGCCAGGAAACAGGGAAAGCACCGCGAUCGCCUGCCACUCUACAACCCCAUGAAGAUGAGCAAGCACAUCGACCCUUGGACUGGGCAGAAGUACACGCCUCUCCCUCCCAUUCUCUUCGACCUGGUCGGACAGCCUGCUGGCUGGGGCAUCAACGUUGGCGACGCCUAUGCUCGCGGACCAACUCUAGGUCAGAGCCUGAUCGGAGGUAAUGAUCUGGUUCUCCAGGGAUACCGUCACAUCGAGAUAGAGAUCAACGUCGAGUGGCCCUGUUUCUUGCACUACCCACCCGUCAAGAGCAAGUUCAUUCUCGGAGAGAAGACCAAGACCCGCUACCACAUGGCUCACUAUGCCUCUCAGGCCAUCGUAGCCUUUCUCAACAUGGCCGCCAAGUGGAAUGUCGAUUCGAACAGUCGCUACUGGGCUCCCGAGUCGUGCCGUGGAGGUGUCCCUGGGCUCAACGCAUACACAAUGCAGCUUGUUGCCCUCGUUAACACGCACGAUAAGUAUUGGCGCUGCGAUAUCGCCUUUGUCCGGCCUGCCGGCUCGAUCCCGCGGGACAGCUCCCCGACUAUGCUUGACCCCGUCCAGUAUCAGUUCUUCUAG